AUGAUUUGGGACGCCAGCGAUGCGAAUCCCAUGCACCGGCGGCUACCUGCCGAGGUGGUGUCGCGGCGGCGGGCCGACAAGAAGCCAAAGGCAGCCGAGGCCACCACGGACGAGGUCGUGGUCGACUUGAAGACGGCGAUUACCUUGAAGCCUGAGGCAAGGACCAAAUGGCUCAGCAAGGCCUGCACAAUGGUGGAACAGGGCAAGGCUAAGCCAACAGAUCUUUAUGACAUCGUCACGAACCGCAAGUUCUCCGGAGGCUUGCCAGAUCGUGUUGGUCGCAAGUUGGCCAGCAUCCUGCGAGACAGCUUUUCUAUUUUCUCCGACAAGCAACAGCGGUAUCUCAACUCCACCGAAAGCCCCGUCCCAAUGCACCUCGCUCAAGAGGACGAAGAGGCGGAGGAGGCACCGCGUCCAAAGCGCGUGCCUCGUGAGGAGGCGCCAGUAGCGGCCACCAUUCCAGAGAUCACGCUGAAAGAAGCGGACAACAAGGUUAGCAAGAAAGAAAGGCAGCCGCCCCCAGGCCCAGUGGUUGAGGCGCCCAGGCCACCACCGGCAGAGAGCCGCGAGGACGAGGCAAAGCGGCGGAAGCUCGAGGAGGAGGCAGACAACAUCCUCGGAGCUCUUGUGCCUGGUCUGUCCGAUGCGGCGCCACCAAUCUUCUCCAAGGCGGACUCUAACCGCGGACGUUCUGUCUCUGCUGCGAGAUCCAUUGGAUCGCGAUCCAUCUCCUCUCGAACAGCACGAAGGCGGGCCCGUGAGCAGAAGAGGAAGGGAAGGGAUCGCGACGGCUCUUGGCGGAGUGGGGGAUCAGGUCUGUCGGGCUCUCGUGCUCUGUUGAUGAACCGCAACUACACCGAGGACCUUCCUCACAUGCCGCGAAAUGCAGCGACUGCGGCCAAUAUGACCUAUCAGCCGGAACGGGAAAGAUCUCCUCGCUCGAGGUCCCGACGCCGGAGACGCUGA